AUUUUUUGUGUUGUCGCUUCAUUUGAAUUAUAUUUUCUUUAGGAUAUCAUUCACUGAUUGCAAAUAUUUGUGGUUAAUCAGGAUGCUAUGAAUCCUUCUUUAUACUCUACGGACUCGAUUGUUAUUCAAGACGGUUUAUUUGAUCAGUACCAUAGAUCUGGAGAUCCAACUAGCCUACGGUGUGAUGAAUUUUUGGAAAAUUCAGACACUAUGUCGGAUCACUGCAAAUGCUAUACAAGUACUCCAAGUUCGCUUUCGACCACUUCAGAGAGCACAUCUUAUUCACGUGACCUCUAUAUUACGUCCAGGUUACGUAGUCGAUCUGAGGAGAAAAACUAUAAAUCUGGACAAUUUUUCCAUGUAUCUCAUUCCGCAAUCAAUUAUUUGAAAUUGAAAAAAUUAUCCAACAAAAUGUGUCCUGCUUGUGUUCCUUGCUCUUGUUCUGAAGACAGACUUCGAUUUAGUAUGUAUUCUGAAAAGAAAGAUCAUUUGAAUAUCGCUAGGAAGGAUUCCAAACAGGGUGAAAAAUUCAAGCACAAAGAAAAUUUGUCACUUAAGUCAAGUUCAUCAGUUUGCUGUAGCGACGAAUCUGACUCAGUACCUCCUGCAAUGGCUCUUAUCAAUGUAAAUCGACUUCAAACUCAUAAUUUGCAUGGAGUUGCAUUAAAUAAGAACCGCACAACUGUAAGAAAUGAAAUAAUUGAUGAUUUCGACACCGAGUUUGAUGUUUCCGAAUCAAAAAUAUCAAAAUCAUUCCGUAACAAUUUAAGAAAAUCUCUUCCUGCAAUUCAUCUUGAUUAUGACCUAGAAAUAGGCGGCAGCAGUGGCACUAGUAGUCUUUCUGAUACGGCUGUAAUUGACAAAGAAACAGAAUAUGCUACACCUGAUAAAUGCUCAGAAGUAUUCUCACUUGAAUCAAAAAAGCACUACUUGAACUGUUUAAAUUUUGGACAAACUGGUACAUCUGCCAGAGAUUCUGGUUUAAGUUCACAUUCAAGCAAUUCUGUAAAUUAUUCUCCUAACUCUCUUCCACUUCCUCAUAAGGAACUGGUUUCUGGAUGGAAAAAUAGUCUAUCUCCUACACCUCCACCAGUUCCAAAUCACGCACCUCAGUCACUAGCUAUAGCUGCUCUUGCACAAAGAAAUGAAAAAAAAUACAUUCAAGAUAUUUCGAAUGCAAUCAAUUCUGCACCUAAUGAAACUGAUCUCACAAAGUGUUCAUGCUUUAAAGGUGCAACUACUAGAAUGGGGAUGGAAAGAAUUCGUGGAACAACUAUACGACUGAAUUCAAAAACAGGCGAAUGUAAAACUCCUUUAAAAUCAUGUUUUCUGGCUGAACAAAAACAAAUUGAGCAGGAUCCUAAUUUAACAUUAUCACCAAUAUGGAAACGUAAAUCAAACACACUACAACCGAUGAUUAAGGAUAAUAUGCAACUGCCUGCACAACAAACACAACAAUCUCAACAAUUACAACAACUACACCAUUAUUCGAAAUCCGUCAAAAUAACUAAAAUCAAAAAAGAUGAUGAUGAUCAUGAUGAUGAUGCUGGUGAUGGCGAUUAUGCAAAUGAAAAAAACAAACAUUUAGCCAAUAAAAUUGCAAAUGCAAAUACCAUUCUUAUGAAGAAUGAUACUAAUCACAAUGGAACAAAUCAUUCUGAUCAAUUUUUAUUCAAUCAUUCAAUCAAUCAACAACAACAACAACAGCAUAAUCUCUGUGAAGCAUGUAUAUUAAAUUGGCAAUUUUAUUUAUCACAACCAUGUAAUUAUACAUAUAUUGAUAAUUUAACUAAAUGUUAUCAUAAUGCAAAUAAUGCUUGGUAUUUUAUCAAACAUGAUUGUUUUUUAAAAUCAAUCACUGCAUUAUUUCAACCUGAUCAAUGUUUCAAUUGUCGUAAACAUAUUUAUGCUGUAGGCAUUAAUUUAUUUAAUCGAAAUCCAUUAAAAGGUCUUAAAUACUUGGCAAGAUAUCAUUUCUUAAACUUAUCUUCUAGUCAAGAAAUCUCGAAAUUUAUUCAAAAUAAUACUGAUUUAUGUCGUUCAAAAAUUGGUGCAUUUCUUGGUCUACCACCAACGGAUGAAAUCAAUCCAAAAGAAGUUACAAUGAUUCUUCUACAAUCUCUAAAUUUUUCUGGUUUGGAAGCAGAUGAAGCAUUGAGAUUGGUUGUUCAUCGAUUUGGGAUGCCGAUGGAAUCGCAAGAAAUCGAUCGGUUAUUACAAUGUAUUGCUGAAUAUUAUCAUACAGUUCGAUGGUGUUCAACAUCUGUUAAUUCAUCCAACGCCUCUUCCACUACUAAUAACUAUCAGACGAAAUCUUUAACACUUCCUGCUCCUACUCCUUCUCCUCCUCCAAUCACUGUAGAUCAAUUAUCAUUAUUAUUUUAUGCUAUUCUCUUAUUACAAACCAGUCUUCAUAAUGUGAAUGCUGCGAAAUCCGGUUUAGGCAAACAGAGUGUUAGUCAAUUUAUCAAAAAUGUACAUGAUUUAUUAUUAAGUCAACCACCAUCAUCUCCAUUCAUGACUAAAUCCAAGAUAAAUAUUCCUGAUGAAAUGCCUAAUGAAAAUGGUCAUAUGUCAUCAAUCCUCAAUCAUAAUGAAUCAAUCAUGAAUAAUGAUCAGAAAACUAAUAACAAUUUGAUACAUCUUAAACAGAUCUAUUCAAAUCGUAUCUUAACUGAAAUAUUUCAUCGUAUUAAAAUGAAAUCAUUAAUACCGGGUCCAGAUCAAACAACUAUUGUACAGCAUAUAUCAAAAGCAAUAAAAAAUUUACAUGAAAUUAAAAUUCUCAAUGAUGAUGAUAGCACUACUACUAAUAAUAAUCAUGUUUACAAUGAAUCAUCAUUAUUUAUGAGUAAUCCAUUUGAAUUAGUUGAAACACAUCGUCGAUUAGUUUGUUAUUGUACAGUGAUUCAUAUUCAUCAAAAUCAAUUAACACAUAAAGAAACCAAUAUUCUACGACAUAUGUUUGUAUUUAAUGAUUUAAUUAUUAUUGCCAAAGAUACUAGUAGUAGUAGUAGUAAUACUAUAUCAAAACGUAAUUCUGGUAGAAAAUUAAUUUUUGACAAAUCCAAACAGAAACAAUCUAAAUUAUCCUUGGGACAAUACAACGAUAAUGAUACUGCUGCUGCGGAUGCUGAUGCUGAUGAUGAUAAUUUUAUUCGUCCACCAUUAGAUUUAUUCUAUGUGGAUGGUAAUCGGAAAAAAUUUAAAAUAAUCAAUAAUGAAACCAAUAAACUCACAUGUAUGCUAGAACCAACUGUUGGUUGUGUACCAAUAAUCUCUAGAGAAGGAAGUAAACGAAGAAGUCGAUCGAAAAAUGAAUUUUCUAGUCGAAAAUUAACAAAUUCCACUCUAAACCCAUCUUAUAAAACACGUCUUACUGUUUUGUAUGCUUUUUCAUUAAAUCAAUGUAAAAUUCGACUUUUUAAAACUGAUGUGUAUCGUUAUGGAAUAGAAUUUUGGCGAUUUCCCAAAUUACAAACAACACAGAAAUCAUCAGUCAGUCAACAAUCUGUCAAUAAUAAUAAUCAUAGUAAUCCACAACCAGAACAAGUAAUUAUUAUAGCUGCAUUAGAUAAAAAUGAUUAUGAAAAUUUAUUAAAUGAUUUAUACGAAGCAUUAUAUGAAACAAAUCUGGUCAAUUAUGAAUUACAAUAAUGUGUGCACUGUAAGUGAAUAGAUUGUAAAAUUUUCUGUUCUCUCCAAUCUUAAUAUUACAUUAUUGUGAUUAAGAAAAAAUAUUUCAUACUGUU